AUGUUCAUUUUACCUAUUUCCUUCGCGGUUGACUGGACAGUCCCCUUACAGUUCCCUGCUACGUCGCCUCUACCUCCAAAUCACUUUCCCUUGGUGCAGGUCACGAGUAAGGCGCCCUCUGAUCUGGAUCCCCACAAGAACGUCAUCCACCUCCGCCUGUUGUCGACGUUCCUCUCGCGUGGGGUGAAUUGCGCCAUGCCGCGGCAGGGUGUUCCCCCCACAGACGAUGACGACUUGAUUCGUGAUGAGGACUAUGUUCCUCCUCCUUCACCGUACCCCAAUUCACAACCACUACCCGCAGGGAAGAUUACCGCCGGAGAGCAUGGACGCGGGAUUUUGGCAAAUUUUACGUGUCGCUUGUGGCAUGCGUUCCUAUCGACAUUGACUUUCGUGGAUUACUAUCUUGUCUUUUAUUGCAUCCGUAUUGCAUCGUCAACUUCUGAGGCCCUGACACCUUAUCGUCGGAUGACACACCAGAGACGUGGCUGGGUGAUGGUUCAGACGUUCAAACGCUACUACACUCUUGAAGCGCAUCGUUAUCUCAUUGAAGUAAACGAGGUAAAGCUGCUUGCGGUCACGAGUUGCCAAACAUUAUACGACAGUCGAAACUCUGUUAAACUGCAAUACAUCAUCGAACUCGGUGCUGAAAGAUUGAUGCCGGUUCAUCCGCGGCUACCUACCAUCAUCGUUGUAGAGUGCUUGCGUGCCCUCAGAGAGACAAGGCCAAGUGCGAGUUCCUUCGAGCUCGAUGUAUUGCAAAGGUUCCCAUCCUCCCUCUGUGGAGAUGUUCUAUCCAAAGUCAUCCAUCUCAGGACUUGCACGCCUGAAACGGCCAGUGCCUUUCCCCAUACAUGGAGCAAUUAUAGCCAAAAUGCAACUCACAUCGGCCCAUUUUAUUGCGUGGAUGAGACGCAAGACCUUUUAUGUGUCAUUUUCCAAGGCAAUGAGUUGAACGACAUCUGUUUUCUUACCAAGGAGAAGAUAUUGUCCCUUUCAACAGAUGGCCAUAUAGAGCUAUACGACAUCGAAGACCUAUCAAAGAUACCGCGCCUUCAGGCAAGAUCUAUCCUUCCCGUUCAUAAAGGAUUUGGGCUCCUCCAUCGAGUCAUACCUGUAACGUGGCCCAAUACCUCGUUGAUUUUUGUUAUAUCUGCUCGCAUAUUUUAUAUACCUCUGGCAUGGUUCGAUGCGACGUCAAAAGAUGGACUAUCUGUUCCAUGGUCAUCAUGGGGUCCACAGAACUCUCGCCACUUCUGCGGGGAAGGCAUGCGCUCCCUUGGAGUGGGGGGAUCUCGUGUCAUAAGGGCAGUUCCCGUCGCAGGUAGAAAUGAUUCAUCGUUCCGGUUGCCUAUGUCCGAUUUCAAUCCCUCCGCUAUGGCGCGUGGCAUCGGUAAAGUCAUUCGGGAACCCACGAUAACAUCAGACGUACAGAUGCCAAGAGGUGGUUCACGACGAGGUUUUCGAUGCAUCCCUCUGGGAAAUACUACUGGACGAGGAGAGGAUGGUGAUUCUUACCCUACUGAUAACUGUGUCUCUAAUGAAGCUUACAAUCUCCCUCGAUAUACUAGCCUGUCGUAA